AAGUAGCUUUGGGGUCGAAGGUGCUGGGCGUCCACGAGAUUGUCUGAGUUCGCUCCCAAGCGCAUCUGCAAUUCAGUAUGUCUCACCCGUCCCCCCAGACUAAGCCCUCCAACCCCAGUAACCCCCGAGUCUUCUUUGACGUGGACAUCGGAGGGGAGCGAGUUGGUCGAAUUGUCUUAGAAUUGUUUGCAGAUAUUGUACCGAAAACUGCAGAAAAUUUUCGUGCAUUGUGUACAGGAGAAAAAGGCAUUGGACCCACCACUGGGAAACCUCUCCAUUUCAAAGGAUGUCCUUUCCAUCGAAUUAUUAAGAAAUUUAUGAUUCAGGGUGGAGACUUCUCAAAUCAAAAUGGGACAGGCGGGGAAAGUAUUUAUGGUGAAAAAUUUGAAGAUGAAAAUUUCUAUUAUAAGCAUGACCAGGAAGGUUUAUUGAGCAUGGCAAACGCAGGCUGCAAUACAAAUGGUUCUCAGUUCUUUAUCACAACAGUUCCGACUCCUCAUUUGGAUGGGAAACAUGUGGUAUUUGGUCAAGUAAUUAAAGGAAUGGGUGUGGCAAGGAUACUGGAAAAUGUAGAAGUGAAAGGUGAAAAACCUGCCAAAUUGUGCGUUAUUGCAGAAUGCGGAGAAUUGAAGGAAGGGGAUGAUUGGGGCAUAUUCCCAAAAGAUGGCUCUGGUGACAGUCAUCCAGAUUUCCCUGAGGAUGCAGAUAUAGAUUUAAAAGAUGUAGAUAAAAUUUUACUAAUAACAGAAGACUUAAAAAAUAUUGGAAAUACUUUUUUCAAAUCCCAGAAUUGGGAGAUGGCCAUUAAAAAAUAUACAAAAGUUUUAAGAUACGUGGAAGGUUCAAAGGCUGUUAUUGAGAAAGCAGACAGAUUGAAGCUGCAACCUAUAGCUUUAAGCUGCGUGCUGAAUAUUGGUGCUUGUAAACUGAAGAUGUCAAAUUGGCAGGGAGCAAUUGACAGUUGUUUGGAGGCUCUUGAAAUAGACCCAUCAAAUACGAAAGCAUUGUACCGUAGAGCUCAAGGAUGGCAAGGAUUAAAAGAAUACGAUCAAGCUUUGGCUGAUCUUAAGAAAGCUCAGGAGAUAGCACCAGAAGAUAAAGCUAUCCAGGCAGAAUUGCUGAAAGUCAAACAAAAGAUAAAGGCACAGAAAGAUAAAGAGAAGGCAGCAUAUGCAAAAAUGUUUGCCUAAUAAGGAAUUCAGUUUUACUUACAUAUGCAUUGAUUGUAUAAAGGCAAUAAGAAAAUUUAAAGGUUUCUGUCUGUUAUAGAUGAUCCCUGAUGUGUUUCCUUUGAUACUUCGGUUUCUCAUUGUUUACAGUUUAGGAAUACUGAAAAGGGUUCACUCUUAAUAAAACGGUGUUACAAAAUAAAAAAAAAUAAAAAAAAAAAAGUUUUAUAACUUUGCAAAGUGCCUGGGUGGCUCAGUAGGUUAAGCAUCUGACUCUUGAUUUGGGCUCAGGUCGUGAUCUCACGGUUCACGAGUUCAGGCCCCAAGUCGGGCUCGCACUGCCAGUGCAAAUCCUGUUUGGGAUUCUCCCUCUCUCUCUCUCCCCUCUCUCUGCUUCUCUCUCUCUCUCAAAAUAAGUAACCUUAAAAAAAAGUUUUAUAAUUUUGCUUUUCAUAUUUAAGUCUUUAAUCACCUGGAAUUGGUUUAUUGUGUGUGAUGUGAGGUAGAGGACCGGUUUUAUUUUUGUGUGUGUAUAACCAGGCGUCCCAAUACCAUCUUUUGAGAAAUCCAGCCUUUUUUCCACUAAUUUGUAUUGCCAGGUAUGUCAAAAAUGAAAUUUCCAGAAAUGCGCGAAUCCACUUCUGGGUUCCGUUUUGUUCCACUGGUCUGUCUGCUCCUGUAUCAGUACCUUCCUGUCUAGCUUUUGAAUAAUUGUUGAUAUUUGGUGUGGCACUUCCCCACCUAGUCCUUCUUUUUCAAGAAUAUUUUGAUUAUUGGCCCUUUGCUCUUCUGUAAUGUUUUUAGAAGCAGCCUGUCUUGCUCCACAAACUAACCACUUGGGAUUUUAAAUGAAAUUGCAUUAAAUUGCAUCUGUAGAUCCUUUGAGUUCUGGGCUUUCCUUAUUCCCCCCUUGCCUACUUGGACAGUCUCUCCAAGCACAUUAUGAAACACUUCUCCACACUGUUUCCUGCAUGCCAAGUUGCAGCCUUCCCUUGAGAGAAUAUAGAAUAGAUUUCAAAACCUUUGUCUUCUGUGUUAUGUCUUUGAGGUAAACUUUGCUUGAAAAUCCAACCAUAAGAAUUUGGGGCCGCUGUUCAAUUUGCUGCCUCCAGAAAGGAAACUCGGGCUCUUUGGGAUUUUGCCUUGGCUGUGUUUCAGAGCCUAGUUCUGUGGAGUGGGAAGGCUUGCUUGUGUGCCUUAAAUGUCUAUGGGACAGUGCUGCACGAGCUAAUAGGAGCUCAUGAAUGCUCUUACUAUUAGUAAUGCCCAAAUGCCGGAAGUGUAUCUUGGCUUGGAAUGAGAGAGGUUCCUGGGAAGUUUUCUUGGCUCUGUUUUCUCCUUAAGAUUUAUAUAGGACGCAACAGUAAUUCUUUUGUUGUUGUUGUUGUUGUUGUUGUUGUUGUUGUUGUUGUCGUCUUUCUGACUCCAGGGUAAUUUUUAAGGAGAGAUUUGUUAACCACAGUAUUGCAAGUUUUCUUAAAUACACUGGUGUUUUGACCAAAUGGGACAGAAGUGCACAUUAAAUUCAUAAAAAUUCUUUUCCUUACCUUCUUGGAAGCUUGGAAACUCAUUCUCCUUCGCAUUUCUUUUGAGUCCUCUAGGCCAGUGUGUGUGUGUGUGUGUGUGUGUGUGUGUGUGUGUGUGUGUGUGUGUUUUAGGGGGAGAAGGGAUAGAAGUCUUCCUUCAGGAGAUAAAGCUCACCAAGCAGCUGAUCAGGCCUUUGUAGGCCUUGAAUUUGCUUUGUAUUGUGGUGUUUUGUUUUGACACCAGGAACUAGAAGUACAACAUUAUCUGAUCUUCUUAAGGGCCCUUUUGGCACCCAGGGAAUUCCUGGAUUUCCUGUGUGAAUUAACAUAAAGCAGGAUUUAAAACUCUGCUGUAGCCUACCCCACUACUUAUUCAGUCUUCUUUAGGAAUUGGACCAGCUCUUCCUUGGAUCAUUUGCAACUCAUCAGGGCCUGUGCUUUACUCAAGACUUUCUGAGUAGACCUGACCCUCUGUCCAGACAAAGGGCAAGGAGGCAGGAGGCAGCCUGAGACUCUGGAAGGAGGGGCUCUGCGGCAUCAUUAAAGACAUUAAUAGUCAGCUCAGUCAUUAUGCUGUGACAGGUGUUGGUAUUCUUUAUUCAACUGUUAAUUUAUGUGUGCAAUCCAUUUUGAUUUUAGACCGUGAACAUGUUAAAUUUUAAAAUGCAGUUAGAAUACUUCAGAAGCUAGGUUUUCCCCCUGUGCUUCUUCUAAAGAACAGCAUUGGACCAAGGAAUUCUGGGAACAGAAGAUGGGAGGACCUGAGACCCCAGUGGCUGGCAGAAAGAGCCCUGCAGGACUGCUCUCGGGCAGGCAGGCCCCAGAGGAGAAUGUGGGCAGGAGGGACUCUCUCUAGUCAGAGACACUUUGGGUUCACUUCUGGAUUGUUGUUGAAGUGAUUGUGGUCAUUUUGUCCGUGGAGAAACACACCCAUGACCGGCACGGUGAUGGCCAGGCGUUCACCUCUGUUUCGCAGGGGCACUGAUCACAUCCGCUUCUCGGUUCUGCGCACAAGAGUGAGACAUUGUUUAGCUGGGACUUCUGAGAAUUUAAGUCAUGGGACUAAAUAACACGUAGCCUGACUUCUUUAUUGGCAGUCUGGAAUUACCUUCCGGAACAACUGAGUAAAAGCAUACAGAGCUGUGCUGUCUCCUAUAGCUAGAGGGAGCGAGGGAAAUACCUUCAAAGCCUUUGGUUGUGGCAUCAGAGCCUUUGAUCCAGAUCAUAUGUGACAAGAAUUUUUAAGUGCUACUCAUCAAGCCAAUUUUCCUCUUAUCUGGGGUUAGUGUUCAACCUCUUAUCUCUGCUCUUGCCUUAAGCAGCUAACACUUGCCUCUUUAUUUGCUGCCCUAUGUGAGUAACUGUUGAAAUGAUUGCUUGAGUUCCCAGGGGAGAAUCCCUACUCUCCUUAUUAACACUGUGUGGGGGUGUGGGUGCUCUUAGUAGCCCAGGGCUUCCAGAGCGGCACAUUACAGCACCAUCCCUGUAGGGAGAACACUGCCACGACAGUGUGUCUUGAGGGGACAACUCUGCUAUCUGUGUCCACUCGGAACUCAGGGAUAGAGCGAACUUUACAAACGUCCUGGUUCACCCCAUCCCCUGACUACACGGUAGAAAGACAAGCACACAGUGGACUAGACUGCAGAGCCCAGGCCCCCCGAGUCACUGGGCCCCAGGAUGUUUCGGGGUGAUAUAGUGAGUUGUACAACAUUUUUUUCCAUUCUCAGUUCAGCAUCAGAAAUGCAGAUUCUCUAUAGCUUAAACUCCUGAAGGGUCUUCUGAACUUUCUUUCUGCUUAAAGAGUUUGUGAUCUAAGCCAGUAAUUUUCAGUCUGGGGUUUGUGACGCUCCAGUAUGUUCCACAUUAUCAUAAGAGAAUAUUUUUAAAGUUCAGUAAUAGAGUUCAUUGUAAUUAGGUAUAAUUUUUAACAUAAGUAUAUGUCCUUUGAUGUGUUUUAAGAGUGGAUUUAUGGUGUCACGAACUUAAAUAAUGGGAUGUUGCAAGUCCCCCAAGCUCGACCUUUCCAGUCUGUCCAUCGAAACUAAUUCUAUAUUGAAGUGUCCAAGGUAGCCAGCUAAAGAUUAGCAGCGGCCCACCCCCAUCACUCGUACGUCCAGACGGACACACGCACACAUGUUUACCAUCUGACCAAGAUUCCAAGCCAAGGCCCGAGAUGGAAAGUGAAUUUUUUCAUUCACGUGGAGGGAGCUGUGAGUGCCACCAGCUUCUGCUGACAUUGGGAUCCUUGUGGGCAGAGAGUGGACCUGGGAUCAUCGCAGCCACGGGCGGUGAUUUCCCCACUGGUGCUUCAGGCCGCAGCCCGGCCGGCUGACCUUUUUUGGCUUUGUUUUCUUAAAGAGUCGUAUCGGGACUUCUAAUUUGAAAGCAUAAUCCCAAAGCCACUCGGCAUCUGCCUGCAAAUAGCCUGUGUGUGCUGAAGCGCUCCCCUCCUGAUACUGAGCGCGGGGCCUGCUUUCACUUCUCCAGGCAGACUUCACUACGGCCACCUUCUUCAGUGCGCUUAACACAGGCCCCAGCCGUUCUCACGUCACAGACCAGGAAACAUCCAGCCCUUGAGAAAUGGAAGUUGUAAUUGUAGUGUCCGAGUGUUCAAUUGGCCCAGAGUCGGACACCCUUGUUAAUUCAAGUUAAGACUCUGCCCCUGGGACGGCGUCAGGCCAAGGCUUGGGCGGCUCAUCACGCAAGUGAUCCUGGCCCAGUGGUUCUGAGCGAACAUCCGCGUGUACGUGAGGCAACACUGGGGGACACUUGUUCUCAUUUUACAUUUGAACAUCCCUCGGGACAGGAAAUAAUUUUCGUUUUUGAGUUACCCUAACAAAUUAAGUGGAUUGAGGGACUCUUUUGGGGUUGUUUUUUGUUUUUUACUUUAAUGCAUGAAGUCCCAUAGCAGUACUUAAUAAUCUUGAGGAGUUUAAUCCUCAUAGCUAAUUUCCUGUCUGCUCACGUUUACAAGUUUGAAAACCUUCACUGAGAGAUUAGCAAAUUUCUUAUUUCUAAAAUUGAGAAUAUAUAGUUUUUAGGAACAUUGAUGACUUUUGAUUUGCAUAUUCUUUGGUCAAGUGUAAUUCUGAUGCGUGUAUGGCUGUGAUGCAUCUCAGUUCAAAUCAGUGAGCAUUUGGGGCGCCUGGGUGGCUCAGUUGGUUAAGUAUCUGACUCUGGGUUUCAGCUCAGGUCAUGAUCUCACGGUUCUUGGGUUCGAGCCCCGUGUCGGGCACUGGGCUGACAGCAGGGAACCUGCUUGGGAUUCUCUCUCUCUCCUUCUGUCUCUCUCUCCCUCUCCCCCUUCUCCACUCAUGCUCUCUCCCUCUCUUUCUUUCUCCCUCUCAGAAUAAAUAAACGUUUAAAAAAACAUUAGCGUUUAUUGAGCACCUGUUUCAUUCCAAACACUGCUAAUUAUUGCUGAGGAUACAGAUUUUAGAGGGACCACAUCCCUGUUCACAUGCAAUUUAGAGUCCAAUUGGGAAAAGGAAAAGUGGGGAAUCCGGUAAUAGACUUAAGUUACUAUUAUCCCAGAUUCAGUGACAUACGAGCCAUAAAAGGGUCACAGCUAAGUAAGAGACAGAUGGUAUUCAUGGAAAGAGGCUCCCUGUCAGCAAAGAUAGUGUGUAUGGGUGGCAUAUAGACUGGGUGCCCUAAAAGGUGCCUAGGAUUACAGCAGACAGAGCUGAUGGAAUGAACCAGCAGCGGCGCGGGUAGAGGCGUUCCAGGAGCCUGCCCCGAGCCAGAAGGCGGUGCCCACGGGAAGGCCCCCAGUCCCCCUUCUCCGAGGGUAAAUGCAGCACGAGAUGGAGCCUGCAAAGGUCCUGGCAGACGGCAGAGCAGCCUUUUCAGGAGCAGGCCCCUGAGGGACACCUUGGAAGUUCUGCUCUCUGCCCCGACUUGGGCCCGCGCAGUGGGGCUCCUUGGCCACAGGCUCAAGCCCGAAGUCGUCUCGCGGAGGAGUCUCGACCUUUGUGUUCUCCUCCACUGCAGACGGGUUUGACUUCUUUUGGGAAGUGAAGCAAUAGUGGAUACGGGCCGGUGUCUCCAGCUUUUUAAAGCUGUUGAAUUAAUGAAGAGUUUGUUGACUUUCUCGAGUUGUUUCUGGGGUCUCACGUUUGAGUAAUAAGGACGCAGAGCUCGUCCAUCGGCGUCCCUCCCUUCGUGCGCCUUCGUGUCAGAGGUGGCUAAUGUUCAAGAGUGGGCUUUCUGACGGCACGUGGAGCCUGCAGAGGAAAAUGCUUUCCUAGAGCAGCCAAGAACGCCUUCCCUUCGCGUCUCAGACCGACUUGGGGGUUGGUCUCAGACGUUAACUUGGGGGUGGUCAAGGUACCCUCCUGGAGGAGCUUUGCCUCACCUCUUCCUGCUGUCCCGCACAUCGGUCCAGGCGAGAAGAAGGCUAGAAGAGUGGGGUGACUGAGGUCGCUGUGACAAUGACAUUGGUAGUUUGUCUCCAGAACGGGAGUCGGCAGGAUUUUGAGGCAGACGAAAGGCGUGCUGCUCGGACGUCUGCGCCAUGCCGCGCGAGAGGGAGUCGGCCCUAGAGAGUCUUUCCUGCCGUGCGGUUUGCUCCGGAGAUCUGGACCCGUCCAGCUUUCCCGCGCAGGACGCGGCCAGGCCGACGCCCAGCUCUCCUCGGGGUGGGCCUGCUGCCACAGGCGCGGCCUCCCCGAGCAGCUGCGUUCACGGAGGGGCCCCCGGGGAGCGAGCCUCCGUGCACCCUUACGGGCCCCACGCUCGCACCCGCACUCGCGCCCCGGGCCUCCCGGGGGGAGCCCUCGAGGAGACCCACGUACCGCCCGGGAGGAGGGAGCCCUCCGAGCCCGUCGCCCACGCGGCGACCGGGGGAUCCGCGAGCCGCCUUCAUCGACUACGACCCGAACCUCCGGUGGCCCCCGUCGUGUGCGUUUCCUGAAUGCGGUGCACGCCUUCGUACGAGUCACCCGGAUCAGCUUCCCGGAGACCCUCGGACCACCGGGCCGCUGCGGUCAGAGUGCCUCGCACACCCGCUCGUCCCUGGACUCCAGGCUGCGUGACCUCCCGCCCGGCCAUAGCUUCCUGGGCAUUGAAUGCCGAGCCGGGAGCGGCGCGAGCCUGACGGAGCCUGGCGCUUCCCUGUGGGCGCUGGCCGGAAGGAUUGGGGGGAUGAAGAACAGGUCUGAGGAGGUUCUUCCUCUGCGUGCUGCUGGCACCUGUCUGUCCCACCCUGUGGUCCUCUUCCUUCGCACCGCACGUCUCCAGGUGGGCCGGCUGUCUGACGUCAGGGCGUCUGUGAGGCGUCCGGAGGUGGGCUGCGUCUCCCGGGCCACGGCGGAGCCGUCGUGACGAAGCCCGGGGGGAAAUCUGCCGCCCAGAGCUGCCAGACUGGGGCAGGAGGCUCGGCCCCCGCCGGUAGGGGCCGAGUGUCCACACGGCGGCCAGUGGCUUUACCGCUUCCCCGCGCGGCGGCUCCUCCUUGACGCCUGCUCUUCAACCCCAGACGAACGCUGCUCCUCCCUGCCGGCGACCGGCCCUGUCAACUCUUCUCAAAGCCUGCGAGGUCGCGUCCGGCAGGGGUCGCGCCCGCACCCCCUUUCCCGCCGGCCGUCCGCGAAGCCCAGUCCUUGGGCUCGUGUGUGUCUGUCCGCUAGGGCCGCGCUGACAGAGCAGCCCGGGGGGGGGGGGGGGGGGGCUUAAGCGGUAGAACUUUGUUCUUUCGUGGUUCCGGGGGCUGGAAGUCCACGAUCAAGGUGUCAGCGGGGUCGGCUUCUCCUGAGGCCCCCUUUCCUUGGCUGGUAGACGGCCGUCUUCUCCCUGUGUCUUCACACCGUCUUCUCUGUGUGCCCAUCUGUUUGCAGAUUUCCUCUUCUUGGAAGGGCACCGGUCAUACUGCGUCAGGAGCACCCUCAUGACCCAUGUUAGCUAAUCGCCUCUUCAAAGACCCCGUCUGCAAACACAGUCACAUUCUGAGGUGCUGGGGGCCAGGGCUUCAGCAUGCGAUUUGCGGGGAAGGGAGAGACACGUAACUCAGCCCUUAAGGGCCUCGUGGAAGGUGGCUGCCCGCCCCCUCACCCCCCUCCCGGGGUUCUUCAUCCACGAGCCGCUAGGACGGUCGCUCGCCACGUGUGUCAGAUGGGUAAGACCUGAGCACAGGUUUGGUUUGCGAGCUUGUCUCGAUCUCUCUAAGAUCUUUGCCUUAGGUUAAAUCCAAAAUUCAGGCCAAAGAGAGGACAUGUUUCACAUCUGCGUCUAAGGAGGAUGUAAAGCUGUAAUUGUGUUUUCGUGCUUCGAAGGGUAAUCUUCGCCUCUGUUCUUUUUAUUAAACAAAUGUGAUACGGUGACAGAAUUAAAUACCCCUUCCCCUCCUUUCUUUGUAAUGAGGAAGUCUGUCCUUUAUUUUACAAUUCGACUUGCAGAAAUGGAUUGUACUUGAUAAUUUGCUGUGCGUCCAUAAAAACCAUAAAAUAUAAGAAGCAAUGUUGCGAGAGUGGCUGUUCUCAUUUCCUGGCAGUCAUUACAUGCUUCCAAUACAAAAACAUUUUUCUCCUAACUGUCCGUUCUGAGCUCAAAAAUGGAUCUCCCUCCAGCCCCUGUCAUUCAAUUAUCACCUCGGGAAAUGCACAGAUAUAACUGAUGAUCCCUUUAAAACGUCCUGCAGCAUGCCAUCCUCUCUCAUCCUUCAUCUUUUGUCCUGUUCCCGUCAUUAAAUGUUACAUCGCCAAUGUAUAUUUUAUAGGGUGACCCUGGCGGUGUCACUUUGAUACUGUGCAGGGAUAAUAAGAUUGCACAUAUAAUGAAAGGCCGAUAAAUAGAAAAAUGUUUACGACACGGAGAAUGGUGCUUUUAACAGUUUUAUGGCUUUCUCUUUUCCUCUCUUCUCUUCUCCCCCUUUGCUGGUAGAAUUGUGGUUUUGUUACAGAACGAGAAAACAUUAAGAAGGGCGGUGUGGUAAUAGAACCGACAGCGGUGAAAUCCCACUUGCCCUGUUGCUGAACUCCAAUAAAAUGAAUUCAGCAAAUAAUGAAGUAUUCGGCUUAUAGGAAAGAAAGCCGGUUUCAGUGAAUGAAUUCUUGGGGGUUCGGGGGACCCUACAGAGAAGACGCGAUUCUUCGCGUGGGCGUUAUUGUACUUAAAAUGUGAAGUCUUCGACGGCUCCGUAAAACCAGGGAUAGAAGCCCCCGAGUGGGCCCUGGUGUGUGGGUCCUGGGUUAAGUGAAGGCCAGUCUUGUCGCUGCAUCGGGACUGGCCAGGCUUCUGUGCCACAGGCUGGUGUAGGCGCUACACGGGGUGGGUUUCAGGCUGGGCCUUAGACGGAUUUGUGAUGGCCGUGACUCUGUCUUCCAGCAAGUCAUUUCCAAAUCUGUUUUCUGGUUUUUAUUGUUGUUAUUUUUGGCUAAAUGGAAGAAUCUUCUACGUGUUGCUUGACUGGUAGGUGUCUUAGUGGAGCUGCUUGGAGAGGUGGCGAGACCAAGAGGUUCAGGAGACCCGCCCAUUGGCCCUCGACUCAUCUCCGUGGUUUUGAGCACACUUCGAAGCCACCACCUUUGAUUGAUGCUUCCUGCUGGAAGUGAUUUGGAAAGAUGCUUUGUAGCACGUUCAGAAGCCAUGUUUUGAAGGACUCUGCUUGAUCAAACUCUUCGCCUUCCUCAGAGAAAGAAGAGUUACUGCUUUUAGGUCAAGAGGCCUGUGAGGGUCACUUGCUUGGCACAUCUCUGUGACAUACGCAGCCUAGAGCCAAAAGUAGGCCAGAGGGCUUUGUCCAUAGCGGGAGCCAUUGGAUGGCUUGAGGCGUGGCCGGCAGGUUGUGAGGGGUGCUCGCGGCCGUGGGCUCCCAGGGUCUGUCUGGUACAGUCCUUGGAGCUUGUUCCUGGUGUGGGAAGUAGAACGUAUUUGCCUAGGCUCGUGCAUAAUUCUGAUUGUGCACUGUGCCAACCAGAUGUUUUUCUGAACCUGGUACCCCGGCUUCGGGCAGGUGCGGUUCUGUACUUCUUGGGUGCGGCAUUGGGGGGUGGGGGAGGUGGCUCCGCCCUGGGAUGGGAAGGCUGGCCACCCAUUGUUAUCAGGGACGCACAGUGCCUUCGUUUGCUUUUCUUCCUAAACUAUUCAGGGUCCAUUGAAGAGGUUUAAGAUACUCCCUAGGUGAAAGAUAACCCAGAUUUGAGCCUCUGGCUUUAAGAAAUACAUCGAUUUCCCCUUAGUUCAUAGCAGAGUGGUUAAGAGCAUAGGACUCUGGAACCAGACUCCCAGGGCUACCAUUUGAAGCUGUGUGAGCUUGGACACAUGGCUUUGUCCCCUGUGCCUCGGUUGUCUCGUGUAAAGCAAGGAUGACGCGAUUUAUGUGUUAGGGUAGCCACGAAGAUGACGUGUAUAUUAAGGAAAACAUUUAUUGUGCUUAGCCCUCAUCGUUGCAGAUUUCAUAAGCCCGGUGAAAGGUGAUUGGUGGUUUAUAAAUCUGCUGAAUGGGGAAGUGGCAUUGGAUUCCUAAGUCCACCCUCCUGUCAGCCCGUGACCCCCACUUUCAGACCACUGCUUCUAGACACCGCAGGCACGUGGCUUACGUUUUCACGGGCCCGUGGAAAAUGAACUAAAAAUAAGAACAGUGUAGUCAUCGUUCAUAACGCUGGAUAUCAAAUUAAGGAACUCUUCUUAUUUGGAUAUAGUCUGUCUUUUCUACUUCUUUAGAGCUAGAGUGUCAUUUCUUUUAUGAAAUAAUGAUGAGAUCAAGAAGCAGUUAUUUUUAAUGAUCUUAUUUGGCAAAAUAAAAAGUCAGUGAUCUGGUAUCCAUUUCUCAGAAGUUAAUUUUUUUAGAGUUAAUUUCAGGUGAAUUUUUUUUUAAUAUUUAUAUAUUUUGAGAGAGAGAGAGAAAGAGAGAGAGAGAGAGAGAGAUAACGAGUGGAGGAGGGGCAGAGAGAGGGAAACACAGACUCCGAAGCAGGUUCCAGGCUUCGUGCUGUCAGCACAGAGCCCGAUGCGGGGCUCGAACUCACGAACUGUGAGAUCAUGACCUGAGCUGAAGUUGGAUGCUCAACCGACUGAGCCACCCAGGUGCCCCAAUUUCAGGUGAAUUUUAAUGCUCAGGGAAUACUCAUCUCCUCAAAUGUUUACUGAAUACUCAAGAUAUUCAAGAUACUGCCCUAGACUUGUGGGUAUUUGCCAAGGAAGUAGGCACAGACUUGGGGACACUAGGUCACUCACGGUUACGGUUUGGGGCACCUGGAUGGCUCAGUUAAUAUCCAACUCUUGGUUCCAGUUCACGGUUCGUGGGUUCGAGCCCCAUAAUGGGCUCCGUGCUGACAGUGCGGAGCCUGCCUGAGAUUCUGUUCUCUCCCUCUUUCUCUGCCCCUCCCCCCAUUCACGCUGUCUCUCUCUUCCAUUCAUGGUUACGGUCCAAAGGAGAGCCUGUGAGUACCAGGAGAGAGACACGUGUGGAAAAGUUCAGGUGUGCAAAUAUGAUGACCUCUCAGGGGCUUGGGGAGAAGGAGAAGGAAGGCUUCAGGGAGAAGAUGGCAUCUGUGGUGACCUGAGCCCUGACUGGUGAGGACUCGGAUCCAGACACUGAGGGGACAGCAGCCUGGCCGUCGUGUUUGGCACAAGCCAGGGGCUGUGAGGGUGGGGAAUGUGGUAGAAGGGUCUUCUGUGGCCAGAGGGAAAGGCCCGGGAGAGGCAGCAAGGCGACUGGGCCUUUGUUCUGUUCGUCUUGAGGAGCCUGGGGCCUUCACUGUGUGGAGAGGGAAGUGACCAGGUCAGAGCUGGGCUUUGGGGAGACUGAGCAUCUCUGUGGGAGAGGACAGGCCUGCCUAGGAGCUCGAGUCUGGACAUCUGAGUGGAGGGGAGGUGUGGGACCAGACGGAGAAUCCACAAGUGGUCAGCAACUGAAGCAACAUCGAGCUUAGGAAAUCUCGUUACAAGUUUGGCUAAACAGAAAAAUGUCUCUGUUUCAGUUUCUCCACAAUGUGUAAAUAAAUAGUGGUCAUCAUUAUUUAAAAAAAAAGACAAUUCUUCAUCCUGCUCAACUAGGAUUUUUUAAAGAGAGGUUGGGGGAGUGCCAGUUUCCAGAACAUCUCUGUGGGCGUCUUAGCGUGGCCUCUUACAACCUGUUCAACCCAGGAGAGCGUCACCCGCUUUGAGUCCUCUUUCUCCUCCCUCUCCUUCACCCUGCCCCCGAGGAGCCGGAGGUGGGUCGGGGAGACCGCCUCGCCCAGACGCAGGCUGCCUCCUCGCCGUCGGGUCCUCUCGCGUGGCACGUUCGGUAGGUGCCCCUCCAGCCUGUUGCGCGCGGAAGGCGGUGAUUCUGCCGUGUGCCUUCGAGCAGAUCGUCAUCCUGUCACGUGCACUCUGAGCCCACAGAGUCGGUGUUUAACGAUUAGCAGCAGAGCCGGCUGACGGUGUCGGGGCUCCGUCAGGGAUUAGGGGAUUCGGUUGGUUAACAAAAGAAGGAGCCCAGGAGAGCACCGCUUUAAUUACCAGAGUUGAUGCUGGAAGACGACCAGUUGCCCGCUGGAAAAAGAUCCGUAAAGGUGGCCGCUCCUGGACGUAGCUGAUGGCGCUACCCGGCACCGGGCUCCUCACCUGAGCUGUUGGGGACACUCGUCAGCUCCAACCCUGGAGUCCUCGGGGAGCCAAAGGAAAGAAUGACUGUCACAGGAGCCUGUGCCAGGAAAUUUUACUGACUUGCUUCACGACCCUCGAGUUAGUUUUGGCCAAGAAAUGCAGCUGUGACUCCCAGGCAGAAGUGGUCGUGGAUGUCAGAGGGCCCAAGCUCAGCUGCAGGGUCAGAGCACGCCGGUCCGAGGGCUCCCCAGGGGCCUGGAGCGCGCGGGCUUGCCCGGACCCGCUCCAGGAGCCGGGGCCACGUUCCCCUGUGGCCUUGACCGCCCUUGGGGCCCCGGCUUGGGGAAUGAAGUCUGAGAAACAGCUCUGUGCCAUGUUUCCUUCUCCCUCCUGCCCCUUCUGCGUCUGAGACCUUGUUUUGUAACUAGUCAUUGCCUGCUGGAACUUCUCUCUGGAAAAACACACCUUCUUUUGAUAAAAGGGGCUGGGGCUUUAGAUUUCUCCGUUCCAUCCAGCAAGGGCGGGUUUCUUUACUUCUCUACCUGGACCACCAAAGAAGGAACUGGAUGGUAACUGAAGGGCAUCAUCCUUCAAACAGAGUUUUUGCAGCAAAACACCUUGAUUGUAACCAGCUGUGCUUUCGCAUGCAGACUUAAGGGAAGGUGUGGAUUGGGUGGAGAUCAUUUAAGUGUACUCUCUCUCGUAUUCACGUUAAAAUAUUUAUCUAGCAUUGGAACAGUUAAUAAUAGAUCUUAAAGAAUUAAAAUAACUUCUCCUAAACGCUUACUUUCUAACCCCUGCAGUGGGGUA